AUGGCGUUCGUUGUGACGGACGAAGAGUGGCUUAACCGAUUGAAUGAAGAUGCUAGAUCAAAGAAAGACAGGAAAUUAAAUUUUUCGAUAGGGCCAUUCCAGUCAUUUGACCAGUUCAUUAAAGAUACAUAUGGAGGUGAAAGACCAUAUCAGACUGGGAAUACCAUUUGCAUACAAGCCAGGAGGAAACUUUAUGCAUCGGCCAUUGAUAGAUGUUCCAAACAUAAACUUGGGAAUGUCGUGGUUCACAAUGCAAAAUAUAUUUAA